AAAGUUCUCCGGCAGGAAACAGCGCUUCAACAAUCGAUUCAAUAAAUAAAAGAUCGGAUUUUCCGUCUUCACUGGAGAGCUCGAAGCAUUCAGCGCCGGCGGCAGCCACUCUCUAAACCCAUACAAAAUCUCCGCUUCGAAUCUGAUCUGACAGAGACGGAGAAGCAACGCCGGAUCCAAUCCGGAAUGGCGAAGCAGCUCUGUUGAUGAGCAUCAGAUCCUCACCUCGUUCAGCUGCAUCUUCUUGAAAACAAUGGCGAUGAGCUCCGUGCACGCUCUGAUCUGGUUACUGGUCGUCGCAGCUCAUUCAUUUUGGCUCGCUUCAGCUGAUAUUCAUGGCUGCGGCGGCUUUGUCGAGGCGAGUCCAUCUCUUAUCAAGUCGAGGAAGCCGACUGAUGCGAAAUUGGAUUAUUCUCAUAUCACGGUUGAACUUCGGACUGUUGAUGGGCUGGUCAAGGACAAAACCCAAUGUGCUCCCAAUGGUUAUUACUUCAUUCCUGUGUAUGACAAGGGUUCUUUUGUGCUUGGAGUAAACGGUCCAGAAGGAUGGUCAUGGUCCCCUGACAAGGUACCUGUGGUUGUGGAUAAUGCUGGUUGCAAUGGCAAUGAAGAUAUCAAUUUUCAAUUCACUGGGUUCACCAUAUCAGGACGAGUUGUUGGAGCUGUUGGCGGAGAGAGUUGUGCCCUGAAAAAUGGAGGUCCUUCAAACGUAAAUGUUGAGCUUUUGUCUUCUAGUGGCGACCUUGUCUCUUCUGUCUCAACAUCAGCUGAAGGGAGCUACUUAUUCAAAAAUAUAGUUCCAGGGACCUAUACAUUACAUGCUUCACAUCCUGAUUUGAAGGUUGAAGUUCGAGGUUCGACAGAGCAGGUGCAAUUGGGAUUUGGGAAUGGAGUGGUAGAUGACAUCUUUUUUGUGCCUGGAUAUAAUAUCCACGGUUCAGUUGUGGCCCAGGGCAAUCCUAUAUUGGGAGUUCACAUUUAUCUCUACUCAGAUGAUGUUAUGGAGGUGAAUUGUCAUGAAAAGACCGAUUCUUCACCUGGGGGAGAGAAAGCUCUUUGUCACACAAUAUCUAAUGCUGAUGGAAUGUUCACAUUCAAAUCAAUACCUUGCGGAACUUAUACACUAAAGCCUUAUUACAAGGGUGAGAAUACCGUUUUUGACGUUUCACCUCCAGUUUUAUCAGUUUCAGUCAAGCAUCAACAUGUAACUGUCCCUCAGAAGUUUCAGGUGACUGGAUUUUCAGUUGGUGGUCGUGUUGUUGAUGGGAAUGAGAUGGGAGUAGAGAGUGUCAAGAUUAUAGUUGAUGGUCAGGAAAGGUCAAUCACCGAUAAGCAAGGGUAUUACAAGCUUGAUCAGGUGACAUCCAAUCGUUAUACUGUAGAAGCUGUGAAGGAGCACUACAAGUUCGACAUGUUGAAGGAUUUCUUGGUGUUGCCAAAUAUGGCCUCUGUACUGGACAUUAAAGCAAUUGCCUAUGAUGUUUGUGGCACUGUUCGCACAAUUACAGCUGGACAGAAAGCUAAGGUGGCUCUGACUCAUGGUCCUGAAAAUGUCAAACCUCAAAGGAAAUUGACAGAUGAAAGUGGAAAGUUCUGCUUUGAGGUUCCACUGGGUGAAUAUCGCUUAUCUGCUUUAUCCGCGACUUCAGAGAGUGCUCCAGGACUUCUGUUUUUACCAACCUACAUUGACUUUGCAGUUAAAAGUCCAUUACUAAAUAUUGAAUUUUCUCAGGCUUUGGUCAAUGUGCUUGGUCAUGUGGAAUGCAAGGAGAAAUGUGGCCCAUCUGUUUCAGUUACUCUAACAAGAUUGGCUAAUAAGCAUGGUGGAGAGAGGAAGACAGUGGAGUUGAGCAAUGAUAGCAGCGAAUUCAUCUUUUCAGAUGUCUUGCCCGGGAAAUACAGACUUGAGGUCAGGCGCAACCCUGAGAAGAUGAACUCUGGGCAAGAUAAUUGGUGUUGGCAACAGAGUUCAAUUGAUGUUGAUGUUGGUGCUAAGGAUCUCGAGGGUUUAGUAUUUGUUCAGAAAGGGUAUUGGGUUAAUGUCAUCUCCACUCAUGACGUGGAUGCUACUCUGACCCACUCUGAUGGUUCAUCACUUAAUUUGAAAAUCAAGAAAGGUCCCCAACGCAUAUGCAUAGAGUCUCCUGGAAUCCAUGAAUUACAAUUCGUUGAUUCAUGCAUUUUCUUUGGAAGUUCAUCUGUGAAGGUUGAUACAUCAAGUCCUUCGCCUGUCUAUUUAAGAGGAGAGAAGUAUCUUGUCAAAGGACAAAUUAUUAUAGACUCCAGUGUGGCUCAGUUACCCAAGGAUAUUGUUGUUGACAUGGUAAACAGUGAUGGCAAUGCUAUUGACACGGCUGCAGCAGGCCUUUUGUCCGCUGGAGAUGAAGACACAAGUGCUGCUACAUUUGAAUACUCCAUAUGGGCGAAUCUCGGAGAUAAAAUAACCUUCAUCCCUCGAGACUCCAGGGAUGAUGGGGAAAAGAAGAUUUUGUUUUAUCCUAGACAACAGCAGGUUUUAGUUAAACACGGUGGCUGCCAAUCUUCAGUUGCUCCAUUUACGGGUCGGCCUGGGUUGUACAUUGAAGGAUCAGUCUCGCCACCUAUUUCUGGUGUUGACAUUAAGGUUAUAGCUGCAGGAGACAGUGAGAAUGCUCCACUUAGGAAAGGUGAUUUGGCCCUUGACACUACUACGAGGGAAGAUGGUUCCUUUGUGGUAGGGCCUCUCUAUGAUGAUAUAACAUACAAAGUCAAGGCUUCUAAGUCUGGGUAUCAUCUCAAGCAAGUGGGACCUUAUUCUUUCUCUUGCCAGAAGCUUGGUCAAAUAUCUGUUCAUGUACAUUCGAAGGAUGAUGCUAGCGAACCCAUCCCAUCUGUGCUACUUUCAUUGAGUGGGGAUGAUGGCUAUAGGAACAACUCUGUUUCUAGUGCUGGUGGAACAUUCCUCUUUGAUAACUUAUUCCCCGGCAGUUUCUAUUUGCGUCCUCUGCUCAAGGAGUAUGCCUUCUCUCCUGCAGCACAGGCGAUAGAACUUGGUUCUGGAGAAUCCAGAGAAAUCGUGUUCCAGGCAACUCGUGUUGCAUACAGUGCUAUGGGUGUUGUCACACUUUUGUCGGGUCAGCCGAAAGAAGGUGUUUCGGUGGAAGCUCGUUCGGAGUCAAAAGGCUACUAUGAGGAGACACUUACAGACUCCACUGGAAGCUUCCGUCUGAGAGGACUUCUUCCGGACACAACAUAUGCGAUCCGAGUAGUGAGCAAAGAUGGCCUCAGAGGCAGUAAGAUUGAGCGAGCCUCCCCAGAAUCUGUUACUGUCAUGGUUGGUAACGAGGAAAUCAAAGGGCUGGACUUUGUGGUCUUUGAGCAGCCCGAAAGGACCAUCUUAAGUUCCCAUGUUGAAGGACAGAAGAUUAGGGAACUGCACUCGAGUCUUUUUGUCGAGAUUAAAUCGGCUACUGACCCAUCCAAGGUCAUAUCCAUCUUCCCGCUCCCUCUCUCAAAUUUCUUCCAGGUGAAGGAUUUGCUCAAGGGCAAGUACCUUCUUCAGCUCCGGUCUGAAUUCCCUUCUACCAUCCACAAGUUUGAGUCCGAGGUUAUCGAGGUCGACUUGGAGAAGAAUUCCCAAAUCCAUGUGGGCCCUCUCAGAUACAAGAUUGAAGAUGCUCACCACAAGCAGGAUUUAACAGUUGCACCGUUGUUUCCUCUUAUUGUCGGAGUCUCUGUGAUCGUCUUAUUCAUCAGCAUGCCAAGGUUGAAGGACAUCUACCAAGGCUCAAUCGGAAUGUCAGCUCCAGGAAUUGGUGCAGCUCCGAAGAAGGAGUUCAGGAAGCAAGUCGUUAGAAAGAAGACUUACUAGAUGUGCCCUUUCUGACUUCUCGGCGAGGUAGUGUAGGUGCUCUUAAGAGCAAAAUUUUCAAGAGGAGAUGAAUCGAUGAUCCCUAACUCGGACAGUGUUUGGUUAAUGUUAGGUACUCAGGCCUUGUAAGGACAUAAGACUCGACAGUUUCCGACUUUUAAGGGAUGAAAUUUUGUUUAGCUCGAGGUCUCCGAGGAUCUAUCAAUGGUACUUAGACGUACGUGUAACUCGGUUUUUUUAUGAGUAUUGACCAUUUUAUAUCC